GCCCCCCGCUGGGCUUUACCGGAGCCCGGGGAGCGUUGUCCCGGGUUCGCUUCCCGCAUCGGCCCGGGGACCCCUCUGCAGCCCGCAGUCCUCGGCCCCGGCCCCUCGACUCCUUGCCCGGCCCCGACCCUCGCCCCCGGCCGCUCUCCGGACUUCCGAGCGAGGCUCCGGGCUCAGCUCUUGGGGCCAGGGGAGGCUCGGAGGCCACCGGGAUAAAUCCCGAGAAGAAGCUGGGCUGCCCCGGGGUGCUGCCACCAGUCCCCGGGCGUGAACCGGGUUCGUAACCCCAUCGCCAGGCCGGAGGUCCCCGGGGCGUGAAGGCUCGGUCACCGUCCCGAUGUCUCGCCACCUCCGUGGAAGCACAACCGCCUGCUUCAAACACGUCACGGGGCGACGGGCGGCCGCUCCCCGCCGGUGACUCUUGUACAGCCAAAGCAGGGCGGGCAGGCGAGCUGUGAUUCCCUCGGGGAGAAAGGGCGAAGCCUCCCAUCGCCUCGCCGACACCUCUGGAGGCCGGUCCCAGCCGCAGCCCCCCUCGUGCGUGGUCCUCGGCCCGGCCGCGGGUGGGGAUGACGACGCUGACGCACCGGGGCCGCCGCACCGAGGCGGGUGGGAGCACGGGCAAGAAGCUGGACGACGAGGAAGAGGCGGCUGCAGAGAGAGACCCGGAGGACGAUGACUCCAAAGGCACCCGCCUGACGCUGAUGGAGGAGGUGCUGCUCCUGGGACUGAAGGACAAGCAGGGCUACACCUCCUUCUGGAACGACUGCAUCUCCCCCGGCCUGCGCGGCGGCAUCCUUGUCGAGCUGGCACUGCGGGGCCGCAUCCAGCUGGAGCCCCUCACCACCAGGAAGAAGCGGCUGCUGGACAGGAAGGUGCACCUGAAGUCGGACACUCCAACUGGUGACAUCCUGCUGGACGAGACCCUGCGGCACAUCAAGGCCACGGAGCCUGCAGAAACGGUGCAGACCUGGAUAGAGCUGCUCACAGGGGAGACCUGGAACCCCUUCAAGCUGCAGUACCAGCUGCGGAACGUGCGCGAGCGCAUCGCCAAGAACCUGGUGGAGAAAGGCAUCCUCACCACGGAGAAGCAGAACUUCCUCCUCUUCGACAUGACCACGCACCCCGUCAGCAACGCCGCUGAGAAGCAACGCUUGCUCAAGAGGCUGCAGGAAGGCGUGCUCGAGCGCUGGGCGGGUGACCCGCACCGCAUGGACCGCAGGACUCUGGCUCUCCUGGUGCUCGCCCACUCCUCGGAUGUGCUGGAGAACGCUUUCAGCAGCCUGGCGGACGACCGGUACGAGGUGGCGAUGAACAGGACCAAGGAGGUCCUUGACGCAGAUCCAGAGGUGGAAGCUGCCAAAGGCAGAGGCACGGAGAUGAUCUGGGCCAUCCUGGCAGCCUUCAACAAGGCCUGAGGCCCCGCAGGGUGGGCGGCGGAGCUUCGCCUGCCUCGGCAUGAGGCCACGGGCUCCCUUGGCACGGGGUGGUAGCGGGAGGCUCUGCUCUGCAGGGCCCAGCUCUCCCCGCAGGGCUCGGGGUGGGCAUGAGGCCCCGGGGCCGCUGCAAACAGAGGCCGGUGCCUCCAGGGAGCGGAGGUGACGGCCACCGGCAGCGCUGAAUGCCUGCUGUGGCAGCACUGAAGCGCUCCACCGGCCAAAUCGCGAUGGGAAGGGGGUCAGACCCCCCCUCAGGAAUGGCCUAGGCCCCCCCCCUUUCUCCUCCUUCCCCUGCGUGCGAUUGUGGGGCAGCCCCGAGCCUCCGGGCUGUGCUGCCGUGCAGUUCUUUUUAGGAAGGGGAAGAGCUCACUGUGAUUUUUGUUUGUUUUAGUUAUUAUUAUUUUUCCUUUCUCCUCUGCCAGUUUGACUCCCCAAAGUGAAUAGGAAUGUGUUUCUGGGUAUUUAAACCCAUAGCUUGCCAUCGCGGCGGUUCCCGCUGCUCCUUCUAAUAAAAGGGUUUGGUGGUGGAA